AUGGCAGUCGACUGCAUCCCCAUGGCCUCGCGCCACCACCCCCACCACCCCUCCAACUAUACCUACAACUGCACCUACACCUAUACCCCAUCAACCCGACGCUCCAGCUCCUCCAACUCCUCCACCUCCCAUUCCAACUUCAGCAGCAACAACCCCUACGCUCGCCUGACCACUUCCUCACCUCACUACACAACAUUUUACAACCGGCGCUCCACGCCUAUCUCCCUCGCAGACUGGACACCUGACAACCACCACCAAGCCGAGCGCGAGCGCAAGCGAAACAGCACAAGCUCUAUCCCGCGCCGCCGCACCCACCGCUACCCACGAACCUCCCAGCUCGUCAACCCAGACAUAAUCGACCAACUCGACGACGUGACAAAUUACUCCUACCACCACGAGGGACCCUACGACGCCGUCUGUCCUGAGCGCAACCGGGUUAGCCAGCGUAGUCCACUCGAGGCAGUCCGCGAGUCAAACGAGGAAGCCCUCCGCGCAACACCGCGGGACAAAAUCAUCGACUGUUUAAAUUCGCACCGGCCGCUGGAUGGUGUGGCAUUUUUCCCGCCAGGUGAAACGGAUCGAAAUGGGCAGACUUAUUUGUAUGAGGAGGGGGCGAAUAUGAUGAAUGAUUAUGGCAAUUUUAUGAGGACUCCUGGCCAGAAAUUCACCGAGGAGGACUUCAAGAAUGAUCCCUUCUACAAUCGCCCGCUGUUAAACCCGUUCGCGACACUUAAGAAGAAACUCAGUCUGAAGCGCAACAAGAAUCGUCGGAGUACUGCGUGA